UGGAGUAACGUUAGAGGAAGUUAUUCCAGUAAAUUGUCGUUAACGGAAAGCAAAAGUUUGUAGAUUUAAGUGACUGAACUCCGCCGCGGGCCUCAAAAUAAACCGCUAGAACUUUUUAGCUGCAGGUUUGGAACCUUUUCGACACCAUGAUGGCGGAUGAUGACCAGCCCAAGACGUUGUACGUCGGAAACCUCUCCCGGGAUGUGACGGAGGCUCUGAUCAUGCAGGUGUUCACUCAGAUUGGACCCUGCAAGAGCUGCAAAAUGAUCAUCGAUACGGCAGGAAACGAUCCGUACUGCUUUGUGGAGUUCUUCGAGCAUAUGCAUGCUGCCGCUGCCCUGGCUGCCAUGAACGGACGGAAAAUAUUAGGAAAGGACAUGAAGGUGAACUGGGCUUCCAUGCCGAGCAGCCAGAAGAAAGACACAAGCAAUCACUUCCAUGUCUUCGUCGGUGACCUGAGCCCAGAAAUCUCCACAGAGGACGUCAGAGCCGCUUUUGCUCCGUUUGGAAAAAUAUCUGAUGCUCGCGUGGUGAAAGACCUGGCGACUGGGAAGUCCAAAGGCUAUGGCUUUAUCUCCUUCAUUAAUAAAUGGGACGCGGAGAACGCCAUCCAGCAGAUGAACAGCCAGUGGCUGGGGGGCAGGCAGAUCAGAACCAACUGGGCCACCAGGAAGCCUCCUGCUCCCAAAUCCAACCUCGAGAGUCAGUCCGCAGGCAACACCAAACACCUGUCCUACGAGGAGGUGCUGAACCAGUCGAGCCCCAGUAACUGCACCGUGUACUGCGGAGGCGUCACCUCCGGCCUCUCGGAUCAGCUGAUGAGGCAGACUUUCUCUCCGUUCGGACAGAUCAUGGAGAUCAGGGUUUUCCCAGACAAAGGCUACUCGUUCGUGAGGUUUGAUUCUCACGAGAGCGCCGCUCACGCCAUCGUGUCCGUGAACGGGACGUGCAUCGAGGGCCACACCGUCAAGUGCUACUGGGGUAAAGAGACAGCAGACAUGAGGGCCAUGCAGCAGAUGGCCAUGCCCCAGCAGAGUAACCCAGCCUACGCUGCUCAGCCGUACGGACAGUGGGGUCAGUCUUAUGGUAACGGGCAGCAGAUGGGGCAGUACGUCCCUAACGGCUGGCAGAUGCCGGCGUACGGAGUGUACGGUCAGGCCUGGAACCAGCAGGGCUAUAAGUAAGUACACCAGCACGGCGUCCGCUACCUCCUCCACCACCUCCUCCUCUUCUUCUGGUUCCUCCACGCGUACCCUAAUCCAGGAGGGCAGAACAACGCCAGCCGGACGGACCAUUCCAUCACGAUCGAGGGGGGUGGGGGGUUUAGCGGACUCCACCCCGAUGUACAGCAUAUUCGGAUCAUUAGCCCAACCCUCGCCACCUGGUUUCCUUUUUUGUUUGGGGUUUUUUCCCUUCAUCUUGUAGUUUGGACUGAUUUACACAACAGUCAGUCUUUUUUAAAGUGUCUUUUUUUUUUUUUUUGGGUUCUUUGCCUUUUUUUGUAAUUAUUAAUCUCCCCACCCUGUAGUCUGAUACCCAGAUGUUCACUAGAUCUUUUUUUUUCCCCUUCUCUCCAAUCAUUAAAAAGAAGAGUUUUCAAAGUGUU